CUACCUGGGCGAGCAGGGCUACUACCGCGCGGCGGGCGCCUACGGUGGCGUGGCCAGCCCCAUGGGCGUCUACCCGGGCCCCGCGGAGCAGUACGGCGCGGGCAUGGGCCGCUCGUACGCGCCCUACCACCACCACCAGCCCGCGGCGCCCAAGGACCUGGUGAAGCCGCCCUACAGCUACAUCGCGCUCAUCACCAUGGCCAUCCAGAACGCGCCCGAGAAGAAGGUCACGCUCAACGGUAUCUACCAGUUCAUCAUGGACCGCUUCCCCUUCUACCGGGACAACAAGCAGGGCUGGCAGAACAGCAUCCGCCACAACCUCUCGCUCAACGAGUGCUUCGUCAAGGUGCCGCGCGACGACAAGAAGCCGGGCAAGGGCAGCUACUGGACGCUCGACCCGGACUCCUACAACAUGUUCGAGAACGGCAGCUUCCUGCGCCGGCGCCGGCGCUUCAAGAAGAAGGACGUGCCCCGGGACAAGGAGGAGCGCGCGCACCUCAAGGAGCCGCCCCCGGCCGUGGCCAAGGGCGCCCCGGCCGGGCCCCCCCUGGCGGACGCCCCUAAGGAAAGCGAGAAGAAGGUGGUGAUCAAGAGCGAGGCGGCGUCGCCCGCGCUGCCGGUCAUCACCAAGGUGGAGACGCUGAGCCCCGAGGGUGCGAUGCAGGCCAGCCCGCGCAGCGCCGCCUCCACGCCCGCCGGCUCCCCCGACGGCUCGCUGCCGGAGCACCACGCCGGGCCGCCCAACGGGCUGCCGGGCUUCAGCGUGGAGAACAUCAUGACGCUGCGAACGACGCCGCCGGGCGCCGAGCUGAGCCCUGCGGCCGGGCGUGCGGGCCUGGUGGUGCCGUCGCUCGCGCUGCCCUACGCCGCCGCGCCGCCCGCCGCCUACGGGCAGCCGUGCGCACAGGGCCUGGAGGGCGCGCCGGCCGGCGGCUACCAAUGCAGCGUGCGCGCCAUGAGCCUGUACACCGGCGCCGAGCGGCCCGCGCACGUGUGCGGCCCGCCCGCCCUGGACGAGGCGCUGUCGGACCAUCCGAGCGGCCCCACGUCGCCCCUGAGCGCCCUCAACCUCGCCGGUGGCCAGGAGGGCGCGCUCGCCGCCGCCGGCCACCACCACCAGCAUCACGGCCACCACCACCCGCCCGCGCCGCCGCCUCCGCCGGCGCCCCAGCCGCAGUCGGCGCCGCAGCCCGGGGCGCAGGCGGCCUCCUGGUAUCUCAACCACAGCGCAGACCUGAACCACCUCUCCGGCCACACGUUCGCAGCGCAGCAGCAAACUUUCCCCAACGUCCGGGAGAUGUUCAAUUCCCACCGGCUGGGCAUUGAGAAUUCUCCUCUUGGGGAACACCAGGCGAGCAGCAACGCCAGCUGUCAGCUCCCCUAUCGCUCCACGCCGUCGCUCUACCGCCACGCAGCGCCCUACUCCUACGACUGCAGCAAGUACUGACGGCCAGGCCUCUCCCGCCGGCCGGGCCUCCCCCGCCGGCCUGGCCUCGCC